UGAGGAUUUUGAGGUUUUAAGGAAAUUUAUACCUUUUUGAACAACUUCCGUUAAUUUCGUGGUAAAGAUAAAGAUGAUAAGAGCAAAUUAGCCUCAUUUACAUCACCGCCCGUCGUUCCUGUUGCAAAAAUUUGAGGACCGCAAAGAUGGAGAAGCUGAACCCGUUCGGUUCGCUUCAGCGAGCCAUCGAGAUCCUGAAAACCACGGAGUGCAGUUCAAAGGAAAAGGUGCAGCAGUUUGGGCAAAUCAGCGAGAACAUCAUCGCCGUUCGUCAAGGAGUAGCUCUGGCCACUUCUCCCGUUUACUACGGCCACCUGACCGGGGCGCUCGGAUUGUUGUUGCUGUUUUGCGAGGACCAUGACUCGAGCGUACGGAUGGCGGCGGAGGAGAAUUUGUCGCGAAUUGUGCGUCACUGCGAGACGAACGGCAAUAUUGUCCGCAUCCAGCGCGAUCUGUACCACGAAAUCAAAAAGAACGGCCACGAACGUUCUCUGCGGAUCGCACUAUCUCUUUUUGCGCACUAUUGUGGGUCAAUUCGACCCCGCAAGGCUCGAACAUACGCACAAAACCUGCUCCCCUGCAUCUACUCCAUCUCCAAACGUCGAGAACCAGCGUUGCAGGAGAGCUUGUGCGCCUUUACCGAGACAUUCUGUUCCCAGCUGGAAGGCUACCUAACGGACGGAGAAGUGCUGAAGAUGACGGAGUUGUUUCUGGAAGAUCUCGCCUCCGAGUGUACGACCAAGCGACGCUGUGCAGCCAAAAAUACGCUCAGCUUCGUGAAAGGCUCGCGUAAUCCGGAGUUUUACGCCAAUAAUGCGUUCAAUCGAUGCAUCGAACAGCUGCUCAAGUGCGGUCAACCGGUUCACCAACAACCAAACACGGUGCUCGGAGUCAUGGGCUGCUUCCGCGGCAUCUUGCCAAUUGUGUUGCAAAGUUGCCGCGUGGAUAAGGCUAUCGAAACGUAUGACCUCUGCCUACACUUUCUGCGCGAAGGAAGUCACACCACCAUCAACGCGACGUUGGAAGUGCUGCUGAUUAUACUGAACCACGUUCAGCCGGCUGUCCGAAAGGUGCUGCUAUCGGACCAGGGCGAUCACCGAAAGAUGCUACUGAAGCGCAAGACGCUAAAAAACUCCAUCUUCAAGAUCAAUAUCAGCGAGAGCUUACUUUCGUCACGGAAGUCUAGCACCGAUGCUCGGUCAGAUCAACUACUGCGACCGGGAUCACUUCCUCUCACCUCUACUCCAACGAAAUUUCCCGUUCCCACUGACGAUCGUUCGUUGGCGUCUGCGUCCGACAUUGAGCUUGAUUCGCUAAAAAGCAUGGAACUCGAUUCCGAAAGCCGACUGGCCCCAGCACUACAGCUCGAUCAAUCAGUAGGCGCUGGAAGUUCACCGUGCACAGCGCCAGCAUCAGCACCAGCACCAGAUACACUUUCUCUCAAAAGCCAAAAAUCAACGGAUUCUAUUGGUUCGUUUCUAAAUACACUUCUGCAGACUAACUCGAAUGCGGCCGAAUCGGUGACAAAGUUCUUUCGCAAAACGCUCGAUAAGCCAUUUGCGGAUGAUGCGGAAGAAGAUCGGCUUUCGAUGGACUCGAUGGCCAGCAGUCACAUAUCGUCCAACGCGGAAACGGUGCGAGCGGAUUUGGAUGUAACGUUGGAAAUAGAUCUCGACACCGAGCCACCGACAGUAGCCACGGUAAUUCCCAACAUCCCAACACCGACGCUAUCCCGGGAUACACUGGAAGUUCCUCUGGACGUUUCACAAAUCGCCAUCGACGAUGGAGGAACGGAAGACGGCAGGAGGGAGCUGUUCAUUGGCGCCAUCUACGAUCAGAAUUUGCUGGAAUUUACUGCUCGCUUGCUCUGUUCACGGUUUCUGUUGGCCGGUAACCGGCACCAGCUCAUCGCUGACUCUGUGGUGCGCGUCUCAGUCAAAAGUUUAUCGCUGCAAAUAAUAGCCGCUUGCGUCCGUCUUAAACCGGAACUACUCUGUCUGCCACUGGAGAAGGAUGCACUGCGAGAGGAAUUUGCGGUGGUCGAAAUAUUAAACUUGGAAGAUGCAAUUAAUGAGCUCUCUGGAGAGGAGGCUACCGCGUGUUCAGACCUAAAAGUAGAGUGUGAACAAACAUCUCUCACACCUAAGCUGGAGUCUGAUCUGCUGGAAAUGAAAGAGGAUCACUUUGGAGAGUGUACGAGCACGACUUAUUUUGAAUACUUCUCUCCAAUGUCUCUCAGUCUAGACCAAGGAUUAAAAUCGAAACUCAAAUCAAUCGAAGAAAACUUUCAAUCGAUUGGAAACAAUGAGAAACUAAGCCGUGAUCUUGAUGCCAUUCUCUCGCAAUCGGAACCUGAUACCGGUGCGACCGGCCCGGCACGCAAACGGGAACUACUAGUGGUUCCGAAAGUCAUUACCACCGUCAGAAGCGAAGGCAACUGCGUGCGUGAAGGCGACAAGAUCAGUGUAACGGCGGUCAGUGUAUCCGAUCGUAAAGAGCUCGAAGACGAACCCCAGCAAUCGCUGGCCGAUGUGCUACUCUUUUACGACAAUGCUGAUCCAACGCUUCGUGGGAAUGUGCAAACGAUCGUUGGUAAUUACCUACGAGCGGCUGUCGAUACCACCGGAAACUACCGGGAGUUCAUGCAGACCAAAGUGCCGCCACCAUUGCAAUGCUUUCUUUCGGAAUUUAAACUGUUACAGAUUGUGCUGAAGGGUUUGUCAGAUGAAAUACACACGGUUAUCAACCAGUCGCUUGCAUCGGUUGAGCAGUUUUUCAAUGCUUUCAUGCUGAGCCAGGAUAUAAUAGAUCGCCAUGACGGGGAGACGACGAGAGCUCCAUUUCCAAACGGAAGUGGAAACGUCUUGCUUGACGAUCGUUUUGCGUCUGCUUCAUCACAGCAGUCGAUCGCCUCUGCGCGUAGUAUUCUUAAUCAGCUAACGACGAUGACAAACACCAAAUAUUGGCUGGUUCAGUGCAAAUUGUAUGAUGUUAUUGUGCAACUUGACUUCCAAUGCAUUGAAGGACUCGGUCUACCUGGGUACUAUACUCGCGAUCAUUUCCUCGAUCAGCUUCUUCUUGGACUUGGCGAUAGUGAUAUUCGUGUGCGGAACCAUGCGGCCGAUCGGAUAUUGCAGAUGCUGGAUAUAUGCCAACGAGAUCAAGGUUCACUCAUCUUGAGCCAAACUGUUGUAGAAGAUUUCGUCAACGAGCACAUACUAAGCACUUUCGCACAGCCUUUCGAUCGGAGACAGUAUCCAUAUACUACGGAUUCGCUUCAAGAAGGAAAAUCUAACUCAAUCGUAAGGCUGGUUAUGUACAAGAUUAGCAAUCAGUUACUAAGAAUCAGUGACAAAAAUUUACAGUCAGGUAUCUUACACUUCCUGUGGCUGUUCAUAUCGAAGUACAACCCAUUGCUAUACGUUGACCUAUGGAAUGAGUAUAAUAUGUUGAAUGUAUUAUUAAGCUUGUUAUUAGAAAUGAGCGGAAUGACUCUCCUUGAUGUCACGCUCCAUACACAUCUUCUGCAAAUCUGCUCGCAUUUAACGAUUGUUGUCUUUUCGACGCGUUCCACAUCCACAGCUGCUGACGCUGAUACGUUGAAUAAGUUCAUCAUCCAUCUUUUGAAGGUGCUCAACAUCUAUCACCACCUUUUUUCGAACAUGUCUCCAAUAGUCAUUAACCGAAUGCAGAAGGCUGAUCUCUUUAUGAACUCGAAAGAGUUGCAGCAAAUUAACUGCUUCGGAUACUUUGGUGGUGAACCCAUCUACAUGAAACUUUACCACCAAGUACGCAGUUCGCUGGAAAGCUACAGGAUAACGAUCAAUGCGGAUGCGGGUACAAAGUUGUUUGAGUGCUUACGAGCAUCAAUCAAUGCGUUAUGGACACUGCUAGAGAUGAAGUCCAUCUCGACCAUGACCAACGGUAUGAAAUUCGUGGAAGAAGUACUACGAUACCUACACUCGUUUAUAGCGCUCGAACCGGAAUACUGCGUACGCUGCACUCGAUUUUUACUCAAGUUUAUCUUUCAAUCCAAUUUCGUCAAUCGCUCGGCGGAGAUUUCCUUCUUUCAGCGAGCGUCGGAGAUAUCCGAUGGAUCGGAGGUGAUUUCUAAAGAAUUCUUCACUCGCUACUACGAUUUUUGUAAACCAAAAACCAAAGCGGUAUCGUUAGAAAUCGGUGCGUACGUAAAGCUUUUCGAACCGCUCGUUAUUUCGUGCCUGAAGAUGUUCGGAAGAGUGCAAUCGUCGGUACAGGCCGACAUUCUUGAGAUGUUGUGCCAGCUGCUUGACUUCAACAUCAACUAUCAGCUGCUUGAUGCGAGUAGCAUUUUCGUGGAAACGAUUCUGAAGCACGUUGAAUACGUCGAGCGUGAUACGGUCGAUGAUGCAGAGCACCUAAUGCGACAAGUUGUGCGGUUUCUCUUCAAGCUGAGCGCCUUAAACCGCGAUAAACCAAUAGUAACCGUACCAAAGAUCAUAAACAUUUGCGAUAAUCUGCUUGCCAAUCAUCUGAUCCGGCAGACAGCUAUUGCUUCCGUGAAGGCUCUUUCGCACGAAGUGUUUCUCCUGUGCGCCUCCAAUGGUAGCGGUACGAGCUCAAAAGGAUUUGAGUUAACAGAAUGCUGCACGCAAAAGGAAGUAGUGAUUAACAUGCUGAUCAAGUUUCCCGAAGAACUGGAAGUUUAUCAUAUUCUGCCUAUGAUCGUGUACAGCGAGCGAUGGUACGACCUCGAGACGGGCCAGGAUGCAAGCUUUGAACCAGACGUAUUAGCUGCUCUAUUGCAAGCCUUGGAUAGUGGUAAGGUUGCAGUGCGAAAUGAGCGUGCUUACUCGAACCUAGCGCAGCUGAUGGGUUGUUUCAGUGCAAACUUGUUGUUAGAAAGCAAAACAAUGCUUCGUUUCAUCGAGAUCCUCUAUAGUACAAUGAGCAAUGACUCAUUAACUGCUCACCAGCGUGUUAUCCACGCGGAGCUCAUCGUACGAAACGUGUUUUUGCGCACCGAAGAGUGUUUUCUGUUGCAUCACGUUGAGUUGUAUCACUGUAAAGCAAAUGGAACUGGAAGCAGCGAUCGUUCGAAUGAGCUUGUUCAAAAAGCUACGCAAAGUCUGGUGGACAUACUUAUUCGCUAUCUACGAGAAUGUUUCGUUAGAAUAGAAGAACUACAACUGAUGCUGAACUCAUCGGUGGAGGAGCUGAAAUUUGCAGAAAAUACAGUGCGUCGGUACAUCCAGGCAUUGAGUAGCCUGAAAACGUUCAGUGGUAUUAGUCGCGUUUUGGUCGAACAGAUCCCGUUGGAGUUGAUUUGCUGGCGUAGAUUGUCACCACACAUUGCUAGGCCCCUGACGGAACUGCUGGUCAAUCAUGGCUAUGACUCGGAGGUGGUGCUUACGUUACUACGAAAUGCUACAUAUAACGUUCGGAAUGACAGAUUGGUUACCCUAAUGAUGGAAGUGCUGCUGGAAAACAAUCCCAACGAAUCCAAAUGGAGCCGAAACGACGUGUUGGUCCUCCUGAAGAGUGAAUCACGUUUACUUCUGCAGGAUUUUCUCACGUUUCUAUUGUGUCAAAUAACGGACGAUGAAUUCUGCAAACACAUUGUGAUGGCCAUCGCAUCGAAUAUGCGAGGUAAGAUAAGUAGUGCAGAGUUCAAAUUACUGGAAAAAUCUCCGCUGAGCACGCUUCGGCUUAUGACGAAUCAAUUGGGCGAUCUACUUGGCGCUGUGAAUAUCGUGACAUCACGUAAGGCUGCCCUCAUAUUAGGCCACAAGCUGGACGCUCUGUUACAGCUCACUACUGAUUCGGAUAAGGAAACAGUGACCAACCUUCUUCCCGAGACCAACUAUAGCUAUCUAUUGUCCCAACUGUCUGUCGAAAAACGUCGGAAAUUUCCUAAACUGUUUAAAUCCGUUCUUGAGCUGCUGCGACAUUACGACAGUACUGAGAUCAGACCAAUCGAUAUGCAAUGCGCUGGUCCCCCAUCAAUCGAUGUCGAAGCACUAAAGCACGAAACAAUCGAUGAGGCAUGGUACCUUCGACAGGUAACUUACCAUUGCACUACAAAAUCCUACACGAAGCCUCGCCAGAUCGCCACUCUUAUUCAUGAAAUUAAAUACGAAAGUAAACUGAUCAAUCUGCUCUCUACAGAUGCACUAAACGUACGUCUACUGCGUGACGUCCUUUCAGUCGCCUUCGAUAAUAUGUUCCGCACAUUCUGUACCGACUGUGUGCAAUACAAUCCUCAUUUAAAUUAUCUGAAAGUACAUCCAAUGUUGAAAGUGUCACUGAUUAUAUUGAUGCGCAAACUGAAAGAGUGCGGCGACGAAGUCACUGUCCAGCACGAGCAUUGUGCCGAGGUAAUCAUCUGCUUUUUGGAAUACUUGAAGCGUCUCGAACAUCUCUGUUUGUUCUACAUCGAGGGCAAGUUUGUUGAUCGAUUCGUGAAGGAGCAUCUGUUUAAAGCGAACUUUUUCGAAACAAUACUAACCUUCGCCAGCGUUUGUGCACGCACUCUACUACUGGAGCCCCCAUCGAACACCACACGCAAUGAACUCUAUCUAAGCUGUAUCAACGCAAUUUUACAUCAACGCGCCUUGUGGAAUGAGCUGAAUCAAAAUGACCGGUACCGGGAUGAUGCGGUGCUGUACAUGAAUACCAUUUACACCAUUGUCGAACGAUCGCUACACGACAGUCAAUUCCCUCAACGUCACCGUCAUCCGGAUGUUUUUGUACCUUUUGUAGCGCGUGCGGAUGGUACUGUCGAUGUGUAUUUGAAGGCAAUUUUUCUAGCAGAACUCUUUACUGACCGUGACACGAUGGACAAACAGCUUUCGCUCGGAGCAGAAAUGCUUAAUUUGAUUCAAUCUAUUGGGAUUGCUUUGCUGAAGCUCGAUCGAUUCUAUAUGUACGCAUUGACACCAACUGAGCUGUACUCCAGCUAUGGGUCGCUGGAAUCACUAGAGAACGGUGACCCAAAGCUACCGAAGGUUCCGAUAGAACAUUUGUAUGACAUCGAACUGUUGGAACUAUUUUUAAAAAGGGUCAACCUAGUAGGAUAUGCAUCACGGCAGCAGUUCGAGGAGUUACUAAUGUGCUUGAUGGUGUUGAUCAACCGUACGGAAGAAGAUGCGUUGCUGGUUAGCUUGCAGGAACAGCGCGAAAUCAAAAAUGUUUGCCUGCACGCAGUAAUGGCACUGUUGGUAUCCUGCUACCGCUAUCCUUGGAUUGGUUUCAGCGGAGGCAAAUUCCAUCAUUCCACACGUAAUCCUACAAUUGCUUGUGAUAGAAUAGGGUUAAAGAAACUGCACAACAUUCAGCUACUCAUUCCACUAAGCAACGUAUUCUAUCAGCCGAAUCUGGAGCGUAGACUAAUGAUUACUGUGAUUGAUGAUCUGCAUUCCACCGGUGACAGCAGUGUCGGUACGAUACGCUUCGAUCGCAAUCAGUUGGCGUUGAAACACUUCUGGGAGAUCAUGGAACGAUCGAACGAAAGUGACGGCAGAACAACGGCGGCAUCGCUGUCGGUUCGCAAUUGGCAGUAUUUUGUGGAAAAAAUUAACAUCGACGUCACCAGCUCAAUGCAGCUCAUCUACGGUGUACUAGAGCAACUGCUCGAAGACGACCCAUCCCUGAUUCUGCCACAUUUGCUAUCGUUUUGUGAGAUCAUUGACAAUCGAGAGCAGAUACGCUGGCUGAAUACGUUACUAUUGAAGCUGCAAGAACGCAUUCCGAUGGAGGAUACACUAUCGCAACAGCAUAUUAUCUAUCUACUGUGUCGUUUGAGUGCAUUACUAGUACCCUCCAUGGCGGAACUGACGCAUCUUUGCACAAUCAUUCCUUCUUACUUGAAAAGCACGCAACUGUACAUCCGGAAUGCAACUCUGCAGGGGUUGAUCAGUUUGUUGGAAUGCCUGGUGCAAACCAACAGCUCGAUCGGUUCACUAAACGACGAACUCCAACUGGUACGCAACAUUACCGUAAACUACAUUAUCAAGCACGGUAUUAUCGAGGAAAGUGCAGGCGCUUUCAGUGAUCUGCACGCAAAGCUUGUCUGGACACUGAACUUCUACCUGAUCGAACAUACGUCCCGCUUCGUUCCCGAUUGUAACCUGCUUUCCAACAGUAUCAUUUCGGCCAACAAUAUUCUCAAACGGACGAACAAUUUGGAUAUUUAUCUGUGCAUUUUGAACGGCUUGGAACGACUUGUAAUUAGGGGCGCGGUUCCUCGUAUGCUGCACGACAAAAUAGAGAAGCUGGCGAUCGAUCUCGUAAAGAUAGACAACGAAAUGUUUUCGCUCUCUGCCUUGAAGCUGCUAGUAACAUGCAUCUACACUAGCUGCAACGAGCAGCUGGAAAGUACGGAACGGUGCAAUGGUAUCGUUCAGGACGAACCGGACAUAAUAGUGCAACAGAUUGAAAAGAUCGAGAUACUGUUUGCCAAAAUUCGUAGCACAACGCCGCAGGGUGCCAAGGUGUUUGGAGAUGUGCUCUGCCAGCUGAUCCGUGAUCUGCUACCACCGAACGAGAUCAUCACGAAAGUGUUCAAGGAGCUGAUGAUGAACCAACCGAACCCGGACAUUAUCGCCACCGUCACUUAUCAGCUGUUCCGUUCCGCUAUCGAUGCAUCGUACUUGCCCCUAUUGCAAGAAUGGUUACUCUGCUCGUUGCCCAACUUUCUAGCUUUUCCCCAGGUGAACAAAUCGGUAUGGUGCUUGACCGUCAUAUUUCUGUCUGCUUCAUUGAACCCACAUUUGAUCAAGCUGCUGCCAGAAGUGCUUUCGUUGCCAUCAUAUCAGCAGCUGAAUGAACGGGAAAUCAAUAACUUCAUACUGUCGGCUAAGGAUUUCUAUAGCCGCCUCGAGCCUAACAACAGUCAACGAUCAAAGUUUAAAGAAAUGUUCCAACAACACGAAUCAUUCGUGUUCCAAAGUCUCGUUCGAUGCCUGUAGACGCAUGCUGGUGCAUGUUUGAUAUUCAAGUGCAUUGUUAACUCCGAGUGCAAUCGUGCUUUGUGAUCAUUAUCCUUAUUCUUAUUGUAAAACGAUCACCGUUAUUACGUUAUCAUCCCAUGGCUUAAAGUCAUUGUUCGUUAUUAUUAUGUUUUAUUGUAAUGCUUUCACUCUUCUAUCGUACCGAAAUAAAGAAUACAAAUUCGUGUGCUUUAAAACUCAAA